AUCCGUGUCUGUCACAAAGUCCACCCUACACGCCUGAUGUCGCAGAAAUAAUUAAUUACAAUCUGACUCGCACACUCAUGUUUGUCUUCCGCCGAGCACGGGAGAGGAUUGCAACACACUGGAUUACUCAUUGUGAAUCUGUUAUUGUCUCUUGACAACACGCAUACAUCGAAUAUUCUUUGAAAAAAGCAAAAAACAAAACAAAACUAAAGCAAACUGCAGCCGCAUCUCUUAGUCAUCGUUUUUACAUCGAAGACAAGCGGUGCAGUAAUUAUACAUGUUGUUAUUUUCUUUCCUACGUUUCAACUGUUGUGUUCAUGAGUCAAGUGUUUUGCCUUUUAUAGCGUUUAGUACUUCAGCUAGAGGCUAUCACAGUCAUCGGUGGAGAAAGCAAUGUGUUUUCUGUUGAACACUUAUAAAUUAUUGUUCAGUCCAGCCUGCCUAACAAAGCUGUAGUGUUGGAGAUUUGUCAAAAGUCAGGUGGUUGACUUCAUACAGUGUUUACUUUAGUUUUUCACUUACUUUUCCAUCCUCUGUUGCCGUUAAGCGUCGAGGGGUGAAUUACAGGUUUAUUCAGAUUAGCGAUCCCAGUCGAGGCUGAAAAAAACAACCCCUACAACAACCAGUUGGUUUUCUGUUGAGCGCUUAUCAUUCAGUUUUCACAACAAAGUUGUAGUGUUGGAGAUUUUUCAUAAGUCAGGCGCUUGACUUCAUACAGUGUUUAAUACUGCCUUAUUAAGUUAAUCUAUCCCAGUCGAAGCUGAAAAAAACCCCCAAAACAGCCAGUUGGUUUUCUCUUGAGCACUUACUAUACAUUUUUCACAACAAAGUUGUAGUGCUGGAGAUUUUUCUUAAGUCUGGCGGUUCAUUUUAUCCAGUGUUGAAUACUAUUAAGCUAAGCUAUCUCAGUGGAAGCUGAAAAAAAAAACCCCACGAGUUUGUUUUCUGUUGAGCACUUAUCAUCCCGUUUUCCUAACAAAGUUGUACUGUAGUGCUGGAGAUUAAAAUCUGCGUUUAACAACUUGCCAAGUCAGUUUAUAUCGACUUAGCUGCUGCGUUUAAAGCUGUCAACAAAUCUUUAGCUUGAAGAGUGGGAGCCAACUGGUCUGAUAAUUAUAUUUUUGGCCACUUUCCCCAAGUCGGGAUCGAUUUGCUCAAGAAAACAGAAGUUCAAUAAGUGUGCUGUGUUGUUCUGUUCACGGAUAGCCAUCAUGCAUUCCUUCAAAACCACGAAAAUCGUUCAACAUCGGUCCAAACCCAACGACCGAGCCAAGACUGGUCUACCAACCAUGAGUUCCCAGCAAGGAUUCACCAGCAAGUCGGUGCGCUCUUUCACCGUGCAAGAAGGCGGGACCACCAAACGCAUUACGGAAACCACGGUGACGUCAGCAGACGGGAAAGUGGUCACCCACAGAGAGGAGACAACUGAGUACGGCAACAACUCGGGCAACUUGAAGUUGGACUCUGGAUUUGGCAACAUGGGGCGGGUGUCUCCACGACUACAGGUGAAAUCCAACUUUGGUUCCUUCCCGGCUGGCAACGGACGCGUGUCGCCCAGAUUGCAGGUCAGUCGACUGUUUGUAGUAUCACGGCAUGUGCAUUAUGAUCACAACAACAAUAUAGUAUAACAACAACGACUGCAGCAACAUCAGAAAUCACAAA